UAUUGUCAGUUUAUUUCUUGCUAGUUCAUUUACUUGCUCUCUUGCUUUUUGUAUUGUGCAGGAACGACAGUCCUUGCACCUGUCUUCGUUUUUGUUUUAUCGGUAUCGCUUUUCUUCUAUUUUAAGCUGAAAUCCCUCAACUGCAACAACAAACUCCAAGACAGCUGCGGACGAAAUUAUUUGCGUAUCCAUCAUGGGCAGUUAGGGAAAGUAGGCAAGUGAUCUGCUGUGUCCAAGACAGAAGGUUAGUAAUACAUCAGGGCUUCACCCUCUCCUUCAACCUGGGCAGUCCAUUAAGUUUCCCGCACCAUGGCUGAAGAUGACUAUGGCAGCUUUGUGGACUGGGCCCAAAUGGGUGACCUGGCCAAGACCAGUGGGCCCACCAAGGUGGACUGUAAAGACCUAAAGGAAUUCAAACAGAUGGCACGGCAGGGUUACUGGGCCAAAAACCACAAACUGCGGGCGCAAGUCUACCAGCAGCUCAUCAAAGCCAUUCCCUGUCGUACAGUUACCCCAGAUGCAGAAGUAUAUCGUGACAGUAUGGGAAAUGCAGCCACUAAAAAGCCCUCGACAUCCAUCCCACUGCCCGAAUUUGUGGAUGAAAGCCCUGUACCACGGUACUGCCUGAAGACCGAGGCAGUAGCGUCAGCCCAUCAGAUUAUCAACUGCUUGGCAUCACAUUUUCCAGAUAUAUCCUACUGCCCAUCACUGCCAGCUGUUACUUCGUUGCUUCUGCACUUUAGCAUAGAUGAAGCUCAGUGUUUUGAGCACGUCAGUCGCAUACUGGCUUGCAAUGAGCCAGGCAAACGACUGCUGGACCAGACUUUUCUGGCCUAUGAGUCUGGCUGCAUGACUUUUGGUGAUCUCGCUAACAAGUACUGUGCACCUGCCCACAAGCUAAUUGUCGAAACAUCACACGACGUGUUGGAAGUCUAUUCGGACUGGCAGCGUUGGGUGUUGGGUGACCUCCCAUUUAGCCACGUGGUCAGGGUCCUGGAUGUCUACCUAGUGGAGGGCUACAAGAUUCUUUACCGUGUCGCUAUAGCCUUGCUCAAGUUCUAUCGCAAGCACAAGGCAGGGGCUCAGGGUGGCCAGGGAGGCCCAGCACCUCAAGAUUCGGAGAAAAUCAGAGCAGACAUUCAGGCUUUUGUGAAGGGCAUCGCCUCUACUGUCACACCUGAGAAGCUGUUAGAGAAGGCCUUCUCCAUCCGUCUGUUCAGCCGUAAGGAGAUCACCCUGCUGCAGCUCGCAAAUGAAAAGUCCCUGCAACAGAAAGGAAUCACUGUCAAACAGAAACGUUCUAGACGAAACGUGCAGCUGGCGCUUAACCCAGACACCUUCUCCUCAGAGAUUGUCAGUGCCAAGGAAAUGAGAGACAUCUGGUCGUGGAUCCCAGAGCGCUUUGCUUUGUGCCAACCGCAGCUUCUCUUCACCACUUCUACCCAUGGUUGUAGCAUAAACAGGUUCUACUCACAUUGUGAAGGCUAUGAACCUACUCUGCUCCUCAUCCGGACCACAGAUGCUGAUGUGUGUGGAGCUUUUCUGUCCACAGACUGGGAGGAACGGAAGAGAGGAGGAAACAAACUGAGCUUCUUUGGCACUGGGGAGUGUUUUGUCUUCAGGCUGAAACCAGAAAUGGAGCGUUAUGAGUGGGUGGUGAUCCGCCACCCAGAGUUAGCCUCUUCCAACAAGACCCAGGCUGUGGAGGACGCAGCCCCGUCUGAAGGCCAGAACUCAGACAGCAAUAAUUUGCAGCAGCCAGAUAAAAACACUGGAGAUCUGUCCCCCUUUUUGGCCACCCGUCACUUCAACCUUAACUCAAAAAAUACCUCCAUGUUCAUGGCAGGCAACUUUGAUUCCAUCAUAGUCGGUGGAGGUGAUGGUAAUGCUCUCUACAUUGAUGCUGAGCUGAACCACGGUCGCACUGGUAGGUGUACCACCUUUGACAACCCACCGCUGUGUGCAGAGAGUUUCCAAGUCUCCCUAUUAGAAGUAUGGGGAUUCCAGGAUGCCAUGGCCUCAUAAUGCUGUACAUACAUACAUACAUAGCACAUCUUUAUGAAUAGUGCAUGAAGUCUAAAAGACAAAUGCAUAUGCACAUCCUUCAGUUGUAACACGGAUAUACAGACAGCUCCAAUCCGUCCUUCAAAUUCAUGAUUUUCUAUUUUUAUUUAUUAUUAUACUUACUCCAAAUCUCAUUCUUUGUUUUCUCUUUAUUUUUGUAUUGAUCUAUUUGUCUUAUGUUGCAAUACUAAAUAUGUAACCGUUCCUGUUGUCAUGAAAGAAAGCUUCAGGAUAACCACUGAUUUAUUCUAUAUGUUCUAUAUUUUUGUGCUCAUGUUGAGCAAAGAGAUUAAAAUUCAUGAAUGUUAAGUGUUUGGUUGCGUAUUUUAGCUUGAGCUGCCAAAUUUAAUGAACAACAAGUUCUGCAGUUUUGCUAAGGGCCAUGCUGAUAAAGUGAAGUUUAAUGUGAAAUGUAUUCAGUAAAGUGUUCAACUGGUGAGAAGUGUUUUGAAUAUUAUAAGAGUAAGAGUACCAGUUCUUGUACCAUUGUUGGCUCAGUCCUUUUUCUCACAUGCAUCUAUUGAGUUGUUCAUCUACCGUAUGUGGCCCACUGGUUAAAUGAAUUAAUAUGUUGAAUGGAUAAAUGUUGAGUGUUGCUAUUUUGCACUAUCUGGCAAACUUUCAUUUUAAAUGAAGGGCAGUAAUGAACUAUGUGUAAUACAGUGAAUGAAUAUUCUGGCAAUGUUAAAAAUAGUGCAAAUGUUUGAGAGAAAAAAAAACAUACUGGGGUUUUGUCAUCCUUUUUUCCUCACAUGAUUUUCUUUUUUCUUCCGUCCUUCAUGGUUUAAAUGCAAUAUCAAAAAAAGUCAAACCUGUGUGUUCAGAGUUGUCCAACUUUAAAUAUUGUGUCUGUAUGUUCAGAUAUGUGCACCGGUGAAAUACCAGAUGAGAAACUACAGAUGUGUUCUACAUGUGAAAAUACAGCAGUAAGCUUUCAGUAAA